ACUUGACAGUUUUAUAUAUUUGUUGAGUAUUGAGAGUUUGUGGUCUAAUAAUAAAUGCGUGUCUUCACUUCAUUGACGAAGUAGUCAACCGUUUCGGUGCACAUUCUCGUAUAUUCGCAGAAUUUGUUUGUGAUCCUCGUAGUUGGAUAAAUUCAGGGGCGGCAUUCUUUAGAAACAGCUGGUCGGCUGUGGUAGCCAUGUUGUAGCGGGAGCUCGUCGUAUGCAGACCCGAUGUCUGCCAAACCGAAGCUAGCCGAGUUCACCCGAUCGGCUCUACGUUUUGCAGUCCCCAGACAUAAGUCUGUCUGUCGGCAUAUCUUCGUAUCUUUGACUUCCCGGUUCGCGCGUUGUGUGAUGUUUGCGAACAUGCGGGGUUGUAGUGUGUAACGUGUUUGACUGUUUGUAAUGGAUGUCAGACGUGAUACUUGUGGUCUGGGCAAUCGCCGGAGAAGUGACUCGUCGGCUUCGUCGUGUAGUGAACGAUGUGAAGAUGAAGACCGUAGGGAUCAAGGAGUUGCGAUGACUAUUGUGACUCUAAAUGCGAUUUUGGACGAUAAUAAUCGUAUGUUUGAAUUUCUGAGGAGUUUUGGUGUUCUUGGUGAUAAAUAUAUAUGUGCUAAAUGCCAGAAGCUCAUGUCCUGUGCUGAAGUCCCACCAAAAAGAUGCAGCGAUCGGCUUAUGUGGCGAUGCCGAAAAGACGACGUAUGGAGGUCCGUUCGCAAAGGGACAUGGUUUGAAACUGCGAGGCUUAGCAUUAGAACUAUUGUUUUGAUGUCGUACUGUUUUUGUAUGCGCAAGUCUUUUAUAUCCACAAGUCGCAUGACAGGUUUGAGUGAGAGAUCAGUCGGAGACUGGUUUUUGUCAUGUAGGGAAAUUUGUUCAGCGUUGUUGAAGAAGAGAGGGAAGAUUGGUGGCCCAGGUGUUGUGGUUGAGAUGGGCGAAUCGUGUUUCGGAAUUGCUGAGAAUCGUAAAGGAAAGUGGUUACCAGAACUUUGGGCUUGGGGAGCAGUCGUUUGUGGGAAAGAACGUGGGGACCUGGUUUUGAAAAUAGUUGAGAAGAGGGAUGCCAGGACUUCGCAACGCCUUCUUGAAGAACAUGUCGAGGACGGGACUGUGAUAUGUUCAGAUAUGUGGAAGAGUUAUGAGGACGAAGGGGCAGUGGACCUGCAGACUUUUGCAGACGCUCACAAUUACCAAUUUCGUAAUAAAGUGAUUGGUACCAUGGAGCAAUGUUGGGAGGAAGUAAAGAGAGUUGUGGGGAGAGGGAAGAGACGGCGCAGUGGUUUGCAAAGUCAUUUGGAUGAAUACGUUUGGAGGGAGAGUGUGUUUGGAAACGGGUGUGUGUUUCAUUCUUUUAUGCGAGGUGUAGGAACAGUUUAUGUACCGUGUGUAGAGGACCCUACGCCUGUAACAGAACAUCCUAAACUGUCAGCCAGAGCCAUGACGACAGCAGAAGGAAAAGGAUGCCCUUCACAGUCAUCAGAGGAUCCGUCCUCGCCAAUGGUAGCCCGAGACUCUACACCAGUAACAGUCAAGCGAUACCCGUCACUGUCAGCAACAGGUCCAUCUUCAACAGUAGCACCUGCAAUGAACUUUACAGUGCAGCCAAAGGAAACACCUGAGAAGCGCAGAAAAUGUGUCGUAUGAGACUUAUUUUUGGUACCCCAAAUCAUAUCGGAGAGGAGGUGUUGGGGAUAUAAUGUUUUUCUUUUAUUCAUCUGUCAGGUAUGGAAUACCUCACCAAAGACUUUAGAAUCUGUUGUUUUGAAACUUUCUAUUUGUGAUGGCCCUUUUCUCGUUUGCACUGCCAGUUUUUCUGCACGACAUUGAUGUGAAGACUAUGGGUAACCUUGUGGAUACCAGUUGGACCCAAUCGAGUUUAAAACUGUGACAAAACACGGGAGAAGACCACUAUCUACAACUGCCAAACAGUUUGGUCCGUGGGCUGAUGUGGAGAAAGUAAAAACUUGGAAGUGUUUCACGUUGUGCCUCUCGAAAAGUGGGUAACAACUUUUCCUUCGGAAGAAAAGAGCCUGGAGCUAGACGUACGGAUCAAAUUUUGAGGAAAAUGUAAAAUUGAUAAAAAAUUGUAAACUGUAUAAAUUUUAAUUUACAGUCGUCAGAAUAAAGU